CUCCUCUUCCCCCCUCUCUCUCCUUUUCUCUUUCUCAUCCCACACAUCCUUCACAAUGGCCUUCGGAAAGCUCUACGGUUCUCUUGAGAACGCUCGCACUAUCGCCGUCCUCGUUGCCGCUAAGGCUAACGACGUCGAGCUGGAGCUUGUCAAGACCGAGCCUAACUCUGCUGCUGCUUUCAACCAGUCUGAUGAGUACCGUCGCAUCCAGCCCCUCGGCAAGAUCCCCGCUUUCGAGGGUGCCAACGGUUACACUCUUUCCGAGGUCAUUGCCAUUGCUGUCUAUGCUAACCUGCUUCAAGUGACUUCCCAGAACGAGAAGACCACCCUCUUGGGUAAGACCAAGCAGGACUAUGCUUCCAUCCUCCGUUGGUUGUCCUUCGCCAACGCUGAGCUUAUGCCCCGCUUCGCUGGCUGGUUCCGCCCCCUUCUCGGCCUCGACCCCUACAACAAGAAGAACGUCGAGGAUGCUUCCAAGCUCGCUCUGAAGAACGCUGGCGUUCUCAACACUUACCUCACUGCUAACACCUACCUGGUUGGUGAGCGUAUCUCCCUGGCUGAUUUCUUCGUCGCCGCUCUCUGCACCCGUCUCUUCUCCACCGUCUUGGACAAGAAGUUCCGUGACGAGCACGUUCCCUUCGUCCGUUGGUACAACACCAUCAUCAGCCAGCCCGCCUUCAAGGCUGUUGUUGAGAACCCCGUCUUCGUCGAGGAGGCCAUCAAGUACACUCCCCCCAAGAAGGAGGAGAAGCCCAAGGCUGCUCCUGCCCCCGCUGCCGCUGCUCCCGCUGAGGAGAAGCCCGCUGAGGAGAAGAAGGCCAAGCACCCUCUCGAGGCUCUUGGUCGCCCCGAGUUCGUCCUUGACGAGCUGAAGCGCACCUACUCCAACGAGGACACCCGUCCCGUUGCUCUGCCUUGGUUCUGGGCUAACUACAAGCCCGAGGAGUUCUCUCUGUGGUCCGUCAACUACAAGUACGACAGCGAGCUCAAGCUUACCUUCAUGGCCAACAACCUGAUUGGUGGUUUCCACAACCGUCUUGAGGCUUCCCGCAAGUACCUCUUCGGUUCCCAGCAGGUCUACGGUGCUAACUACGACUGCGUCAUCCGCGGUGUCUUCCUUGUCCGUGGCCAGGACUUCAAGCCCGCUUUCGAGGUCGCCCCCGACUGGGAGAGCUACGACUUCGUCAAGCUCGACCACACCAACGAGGCUGACCGCAAGCUCGUUGAUGACAUGUGGGCCUGGGAUGUCCCCGUCGUCGUCAACGGCAAGGAGUACCCUUGCGUUGACGGCCACGUCUUCAAAUAAGCUAGUGCACCCACUUCGGGUUGUCGUAGCUGUGCCCUAGUGCCGACUCAUUGAUGAUGAUGAUAUCCCCUUUUCCUUUAUUCUCCUGGCAAUGAGUGAGCCUUGUAGAUGAACACAAAACAUAAUAUUCCCAUGCUCCAUCCUCCUUCGCAUCCGCUCAAGGUAUCUGGCCGAAAGUGUGAGGCCCGGACACCAAGUCUGCCGUCCCUCUGUGACCCACUUUUUC